AUGGACGCCGACCGGGGCAUUUACAAUCAAGGGUACAACGAAAUAGAACGACUGUCAGAACAGAGCCGUUUUGAGAAGUCCACCAACAGCAACACUGCAGUUCGUAAACACAGCGGACCUCUGUCGAUGCGAUCGAUGAGGAAGGAGAGCAAAACAAAACCGACACCUUUCAUCCAAGCUCUUCUCAAGUCUAUCCUCGGAAAAGUCGGACCACUGUCGUCACUCCCUCUUCGUCCUACGAUAGUCAGCGAAGAAGCAGAGUCAGUCAAGUGUGAAUAUGUAUUUUUCAGAUCAUUUAUGUCUAAAUGCAUCAUGGUAGUGUAA